AUGGCAAUACUCUCCUACAUCCCAGGAGGCCCGUCCAUGGAGAAGGAUGCUCAAAAAGCGGUAGAUUUCACGAAAUCUUGCAACGACUGGAAUGCUGGAGUUCGAGAUCAAUUCCCGCAGAAGUACGGCUUCUUUGCCGGGGUGUCAAACUUGGCCUUCCCGGACGUUGCAUUGGAAGAAAUCAGAUAUGCGUUUAACAUCUUGCAUGCGGACGGGAUCGCUUUAGGGACUCGUUAUGAACGAAACGAAACCAGCUAUUACCUGGGACAUGAGUCUUUCGUUCCUAUAUGGGACGAGCUCAAUUAUCGUGAGGCAGUCAUCUUCGUGCACCCUGUCCCAGGACGUGACCGUACGGUUGUGAACAAGUAUCUACCACCACCCAUGUACGACUUCCCUCAUGAGACAGGGCGUGCGGCCAUGGACUUGAUCAGCGGACCUGCCAAUAUGCUUCAAGAGCACGCCAAUCGUUGCAAGAUCAUCCUCAGCCACGCCGGUGGAGAUUUACCAUAUUUGAUCGAUCGCGCGGCAGGAGAAAUGUCUCUCGGUCCACAGGGCGUCCGGUUAAACAAGACCAGAGAAGAGAUCCUGAAUGCCGCCAGGCAAUUUUACUACGAUACUGCUUUGAGUAGCAGCCUCAUGCACAUACGUGCUCUUGAUGCUCUGCUCGGCCCAGAGUAUCAGGACCAUAUCCUUUUUGGAACCGAUUUUCCUCCUGGCGGUGCUGAGGCGAUCACAAGCUUCACCGACCAAUUAUCGAGGAAUAUGAAAGUAGAAGCUCUAAGGGUCAACGCGCUGAAACUGUUUCCUAGGCUGCAAGGGAGAAGAACUGAGUAG